AUGAUGAUUAUGUUGCGGAGAUCUGCUUCUUCUUAUUGCAAUCGACGACACAGAGGUAAUCCUUGUCUGCAACUGCAAUCUAGGUCUAGGGUUUUUUUCUCCAACAAUAAUUACUUGGCUUUAUUUCAUGGUUCUUCUCAGUCCUCAAACCCUAGCAAAUCUAAAUCUAGAGACCCCCAACACCCAUUUGAUGUCACUAAUCUCGAGGAGGCAUCAAAUAUGUUCAAAAAGAUGCUUAAACAGCGUCCUCGACCUUCUAUUGUCCGCUUCACUCAAUUAUUGGGUCAAGUUGCAAAAUUAGAGCAUUAUUCGGUAGCCAUAUCUUGGUAUAAGCAAAUUACUCUGUUGGGAAUGGGACUUGUUCCUGAUGCCUUUACUUUAAACAUUAUCGUGAAUUGUUUUUGUCGUUCAAACCAAAUGGGCGGCAGUUUUUCAGUCUUGACACUGUUCUUUAAAUUGGGGCUUCAACCAGAUGUCACCACCCUCAACAUUUUGAUAAGGGGCCUUGGCCAUGAUAAUAGAGUUAAUGAAGCCGCUUCACUUGUCCACAAAAUGGCAGCCUUUGGAGAAGGAUGUAAGCCCAAUGUUAUUACUUUUGGUACGUUAAUAGCUGCCUCAUGCAAACAAGGUCAAAAUGACAGGGCUAUUCAAAUGCUUCGGAUGAUGGAAAAAAAUGACUGUAAACCUAAUGUAGUUGUCUACAGCACAAUAAUUGACAGCCUUUGUAAGGACAAGCUUGUUGAUGAGGCAUUCAAUCUCUUCUCAGAAAUGAAAAGUAAGGGUAUUCCACCAAACAUCGUCACCUAUACAUCUUUGUUUCAGGGUUUAUGCAGAUUAGGUCAGUGGAAGGAAGCGUCAUGGUUCUUCAAAGAGAUGAACAGUAACGGUAUCUCUCCAAAUGUUCGAACCUUCAGUGCCCUUGUUGACUGUUUGUGUAAGGAGGGCAAGUUGAAGGAAGCUAAUCAAGUAAUUGAUAUUAUGACUGCUAGAGGUAUGGAACCUAAUACUGUUACUUACAAUUCGCUCAUGGAGGGUUAUUGCUUGCAAGGAGAUAUGGAUAAAGCAAAACGCAUUUUUGAUCUAAUGCUUAAGAAGGGUUCUAUUGUUGAUGUUUUUAGUUAUAGUAUACUGAUAAAUGGAUAUUGCAAUGAAAGAAGAAUGAAGAAAGCAAUGUUGUUGUUUGAGGAAAUGUCUCGUAAGGGAAUGGUUCCAGAUACUGUUACUUAUACAACACUUAUUGGCGGCUUUUGCAAAGAGGGAAGAAUAGAUGAUGCGCAAAACAUGUUCUCAAAAAUGAAAGUUGGUGGUCCACUUCCAAAUAUUCAUACUUAUAGUGUUUUACUGGACGGACUCUGUAGAAACCGCCAGAUUGAUAUGGCUUUGAAAUUGUUUGGAGAGUUGGAAGGGAGUAGCUUGGAUUUUGGUAUCAGUCUCUACAAUAUUCUUAUCAAUGGUUUAUGCACAGCAAGAAGAAUUGAAUGUGCAAGGGAUCUCUUUCGCAGUUUCCCUUCAAAAGGACUUCAACCGGAUGUCAAGACCUAUACAAUACUGAUAAUUGCUCUUUCUACUAAGGGCCUAUUUAGUGAAGCAGAAGUAUUGCUUAGAGGAAUGGAAGAGAAAGGCUGUUCCCCAGAUACUGUUACCUACAACACAAUCAUCCAGGGAUUUCUCCGUAAUGAUGAGCUAUCAAGGGCACAAGAACUUAUUCAAGAAAUGAUGACCAAGGGUUUCUGUGCAGAUGAUUCAACAGCAAAAAUGAUAACUGACUUAAUUACUGAAGGCAAACUAGAUCCUGCUUUUCAUCCAGUGGAAAAAAAAUCUGAGUGA